AUGUGGCGGAAGUUUGGAGAUAUGGGGCUAUUGGGGAUAACUGCACCAGAGGAGUACGGUGGACAAGCGAUGGGAUAUCUUGCACACACGAUUGUUAUGGAAGAAAUCAGCCGAGCGUCGGGGUCCGUUGCUUUGAGUUACGGUGCUCACUCCAACCUGUGUGUCAACCAAAUUGUGCGCAAUGGAAACGAAACUCAAAAGCAGAAAUACUUACCCAAGCUGAUCAGUGGAGAGCACAUCGGUGCGCUGGCAAUGAGUGAAGCAGGGUCAGGUUCGGAUGUGGUUUCCAUGAAGCUCCGCGCAGAUAAGAAAGGCGACCGUUACAUACUGAACGGGACAAAGUUUUGGAUAACGAAUGGUCCCGAUGCGGACGUUCUGGUUGUUUAUGCGAAAACGGAUGUCAACGCAGGUCCGAAAGGCAUUACCGCUUUCCUAAUUGAAAAGGGGUUUAAAGGCUUCUCUACGUCGCCAAAGUUGGACAAACUGGGAAUGAGGGGUUCCAACACAUGCGAGCUCGUAUUUGAGGACUGCGAAGUACCAGCAGAGAAUGUGCUUGGUAAGCAAGGAAAGGGCGUCUACGUGUUAAUGAGUGGCUUGGAUUUGGAACGACUAGUGCUUUCCGGGGGACCCCUGGGGCUCAUGCAAUCCUGUUUGGACGUCACCGUUCCAUAUGUUCAUCAGCGGAAGCAGUUUGAUCAGUCCAUUGGCCAAUUUCAGCUUAUUCAAGGAAAACUUGCCGAUAUGUACACAAAAUUGAGCGCAUCUAGGGCGUAUGUCUACGCGGUUGGUCGGGCAUGCGAUGCGGGACACAUCAGUAACAAGGAUUGUGCCGGUGCCAUCCUGUACUCUGCUGAGCGGGCAACGGAAUGUGCAUUGGAUGCAAUUCAAUGUUUAGGUGGAAACGGAUACAUUAAUGACUAUCCUACUGGACGCUUCUUGCGAGAUGCCAAGCUCUACGAAAUCGGUGCAGGAACCAGCGAGAUCCGACGCAUGUUGAUUGGUCGAGAAUUCAACAAGGACUUUCGCGAUAUGUAG